UCAACUUCCGUGCCCGCCCCCUCCUUCCCAACACACAUGAAGCAAGAAAACAUGGCAGCUACUACCGAGCCAAAUGACUUUUCAGUGUCUGUCGCGCGUAUUCUGAAUGAAAAGUACUGCCCCGAACACUUGGAGGCUCUCAAAAGGUUUACGAGCGCGUUACGGGACCAGCAAUACAGGGAUGCUGUGGAUAGAGAAGCUUUCCUGACUAUUCUGAAGGUCUUAUCCCGACUAAGCGACGAGCUCCAAGCCGAUCGGGACCUGAAAUCCGCCGCCUUGCAGCUUCAGCUCGCCGCAGAGUGCUUCCGGGCUCUGAGGAACUCCUGCGUGCAAAGUGCUCGCAACCAGAACCUCCUCAGGGAACUUGGUUUAGUCCAUGUUUCCAUUCAACUCCUGAGAUUCCUCCACGCAAAGAGCGGCGAUGGCAUUUUUGAGUCACUGCGUUGCGGGACCCAGUUUCUUGGCAAUCUGUCCGUGGGGAACCAAAUGUGUAAAGAGGACAUUUGGCGGAUGAGUUUUCCAGAUCUGCUCUUGCAGCUGCUCAAGGUUGACGACGAGAAGACGGUGAGCUACGCUUCCAUGGUGCUCCACACGUGCCUGGAUGAAAGCAAGGUGGAGGAACUGGCCCAGCAGAACAUCCAGCUGGCGCUCAGGGUGGUGGAUCUUUGCCAAAGCCAGCCUGAGCUGGACUGGACGGUCCUUAUCGCAACUCAGCAUUUUCUCAAGUCUUCGGCUCUGGUUGAAAACAUGUACUCUGCAAUGUUGCCCAGCGAAAGGCUGACCCUCUUAGAGUUGAUCUCCGCUCAGCUUAAUGGCGGCGAGUCGCCGGAUUGCGGCAUCCCUCCCGGCGUGGCCCGUUUCCUCGCCUCCUCCUUCCAGAAAGGUUGCGGCGCCGUGCUGAGCCUCGCCACUGGCUCCGCCUCCAGCAACGAGGUUCUGCAGGAGGCGCUAACAGUGAUCAGUUUACUCGACCUGCUAUGUGAGAUGACGUCACACCAUGGACAGUUCAUGUUCCUACAGGACCAUCCGGACCUCCUGGUGACCACUGUAGAGCUGCUGAAGCAGGUUCACACCAUCGGCAAGAGCGGUAAGAACAUCUUCAGCCCGGCUCAGAAUUUCGACACCCUAGUCGACGUGCAGGCGGACCCGUCGCCCGUCGUCAGCUUCAAGGCGCACCUCAUCAGGCUUGUGGCAAAUAUGUGCUACAGCCACGCCAACAACCAGAACAAGGUGAGAGAACUGGAGGGCAUCCCGCUCAUUCUGGACAACUGCAGAAUCGACAGCAACAACCCUUUCAUCAGCCAGUGGUCCAUUUUAGCCAUUCGCAACCUCUUCGAUCACAACCCGAAGAACCAGGAGCUGCUGGCCUCUCUUGAGCGCCGCGGCGACGCCGACUACUCGGCGCUUAAGGACUUGGGCUUCCGCGUGGAGGAGCGGGACGGCGCCUUGUUGCUCAGACCUACCCCGAAGGACCUUUGAGGGCUUCGCUGGAGUGCAGGUUUUAAGAAAAAGUUUGCUAGGUAUCAUGUAGUUAGACGCUUAUAGAGUAGGAGUUAAACAAGCUAGUCCAAAGAUAAACAGAACAGUCGGUUUACAGAAUCCCGACCCGAUAAGCUGAACAGUCCUGACACUUCAACAAUGCGUGCGCCGCCCCGCCCUGUUUGCUCUGUCUCCCAUUUUGCUAAUGACAAGAUGCGCUGAAACAAUCGGCCAGACUCUGCCGUCAAUCCGCCGCCAUAGUGCGGGGAGCUUACGGGGGUUCCGGUCGCCAAGGAUUUCAGACGGCUAACAAAACAGCGCUUACUUGCGCUCCAGCGGCUGGCUGCAAUGCUUUUGAGCCCCCCUCACAGGAAAAAAAAAAAAAAAGCCCGCGCGAGUCAUUCAGCGCCGCCACGCCCGUCUGCUCGCCUCUCAACAUAUUAGUCAGGGCUGCGACUUCUGGGGUUUCCCAGAUCAGCGUUUUAUGCUGCUUUGUGUUCCAAAAAAAAAAAAAAAUGCGA